ACGAACACCAAAAGGUUCUAGCUUUGUCAGAUAAUUCCAUAUUGCCUUUGAUUGACCCUUUUACUUCAGAAACCUAGACUUCCUCCCUAAGUUCUAUUACAGACCGAAUUCUUGAUUCCCGGUCGCUCACAGUUCAUUUCCAAUUAUCCAGUAGAAACAGCAGAUGGAAAGAAAAAUGCAAUUUACAUUACCUCCCACGUUGCCAGAAGGUUGCAUAGCCAACAUCCUCUCUUUUACAUCACCUCUAGACGCCUGCAGGUCAGCCCUUGUUUCCCCUACUUUCAGAUCAGCUGCUUCCUCUGACGUUGUCUGGGAGAGGUUUCUGCCUCCUGAUUAUCAGGACAUCAUUUCCAGGUCGUCCUUGAAGUUGUCUUCCUUGGAUUCUUUGUCCAAGAAGGAUCUCUUUUUCCAUCUUUGUCAUCAUCCUGUCAUCCUUAACAACGGCUCUUUGAGCUUUACAUUAGAUAAAUGGACUGGCAAAAAAUGUUAUAUGUUGGGGGCAAGGGAGCUGUCAAUUAUUUGGGGAGACACUGAUACCUAUUGGAAAUGGUUAUCUAGACCUGAGUCCAGGUUUUCUGAAGUGGCUGAGCUCAAGGUUGUUUGCUGGCUUGAUAUCAGAGGAAAAAUAGAUACCAAAACCUUAUCCACCAAAACAACCUAUGCUGCUUACUUAGUUUAUAAGUUUGCCGAGUUCAGACAUGGAUUCAAACGAAGUCCUGUAAAUGUGCAAGUCAAAUUUGAAGAAGAAGAGGGUGGUGUAACAAGUAGAGUGUUCCUAGACCCUCUCUUUGUUACACGUGAACAAUCUCAACACAGAGAAAAUGGGUGGAUGGAGAUCAAGAUGGGUGAGUUUUACAAUGAACAAGGAGAUGAUGGAACAGUGGCUUGUAGUCUAUGGGAGGUUGAUAAUUUCACAAGCAAGCAUGGCCUUAUUAUUGAAGGUAUUGAGCUGAGGCCUAAACGCAAUUUGUAAAUGCCAGUGCGUCUCUCAAUAUAGAGAGGUACUACGACAAAUACUUGUCUUUUCAAACUUGUACCAACCUCUCUCUGGCCAAAUGUUUCCUCUUUUCUCUUAA